UCCUUCCACAGUGCGCUCAUGUUUUGCAGAAGUGUGUUAUUGUGCUUUCAUUAGGCUUCUCUACAACUGGAGAGCGGAUCUGUAUUGAUGUAAUAUUAGCAAACGGGUGAGGAAAGGUGGGGGGAGUCAGCUUAGGAGAAAGUUCAGAAACCACUGCCGGAAAAGAGCGCUGCAUGGCGGGCAAAGGGAGAGUUUAUUCGACCGGACAGGACCAGCUGCACGACUUUACAGAGUCGGACUCUGAACCAGAGGGGGUCCCUGCUCGGCUGGCGGGUACCAGCGGCCCCUCGAACAACCCUUUCCCCGGAGCCCAGGUCAUCCACAGUGGACACUUCAUGGUGUCGUCGCCCCACAGCGACUCCGCGGCGCGUCGGAGGAAGAGCGGCGGGUCGCUGCGGUACGACUCCGACACGGUGAACAUGACGUGGUGCCAGACGUACCGGUACGGCCCGCUCAGCUCCGGGAGCCUGAGCAUCGACCCCACUCUGACCCGCCUGUUUGAGUGCAUGUCCCUGGCCUACAGUGGUAAAAUAGUUUCUCCCAAAUGGAAGUCUUUCAAGGGUCUGGGGUUGCUUUGGAGGGACAAGAUCCGUCUGAACAAUGCAAUCUGGAGAGCUUGGUUCAUUCAGUAUGUGGAGAAAAGGAAAAACCCAGUAUGUGGGUUUGUCACCCCACUGGAAGGUUCAGAGGCAGAAGCUCAUCGAAAGCCUGAAGCGAUCAUACUGGAGGGCAGCUACUGGAAGAGAAGAAUUGAAGUGGUGAUCAAGGAGUAUCACAAGUGGAGGAUUUAUUAUAAGAAAAGGCUUCAGAAAAAGAAGGAUGAUAUUUUAUCAAUGCUACAAGAGGGUCAGAUCUGCCAGGCCAAGCUGGAGAAACGGGCCAAUCAGAUCUACCAGGAACCCGAGGCGGCCCCAGUGGAGGUCCACAUGUUUGAUCUGGAUUGCCUUCUGUCCGACAUCUCCGACACACUGUUCACUAUGACACAGAAACCUUGUCCCUGGGCCAGUGACCGACACAACACAUACACCAGCAAUGCUGAUAUUAUUCAACCUGGUCUGACUCCUCUGCAGCCCAACCUGGAUGAUUUCAUGGAUAUACCAGAUAUCUUUAUGAAUUAUCGGGGCCUGCCUACAGAGCAAAGUGGUUUUGCUAACAGUGGCUAUUUUGAGAGCUCAUCCAGCACAGUGUUUGCUCCAAUUUCCACCCCUGUGGCAACAGCUCCUCACCUACUUAUUGAUGCCCAGCUGGCUCAGCCCUCCACAUCCAACACUCACUCAGACCCGACCAGGCUGAACCAGGAUUGUGGUGAAUACCACACAACCAGCAUCGUAUCAGGAGCCAUGCCAUAUGACCAUCAGUCAUACCAUGAUGUGCCUGUUUCUAUUGCUUUUACCAGCAACACUGAUCAGCCGGCAUCUGCAAGUGCUCCUUUUUUGCAUCCACUGCCAUGCCAAAAGUUUGGCUACUACACCGCAACAAGCAGUGUGGCCUCCACUGUCAUCACUCACACUGCCUCUUCCAUGGGCGCUCAGGGCUCAGGACACCAAGUUCAUGGCUACCCUCAUGCAGGAGAGGCAUACUCCCAGACUCACUGCCCGUCUCUCAGUUACUCAGCUGUCACAUCAGACUCAGCCCACACAGCCCUCCCUCCUGUCACAGCAACCCAUUGCUUCUCAGUCCCAGAGCUAGUGACUAUUUCAGGGCUCAAAGGGAAGCACAAGCAAAAGACAGCAGGAGUAAGGACAUCUGGACCCUCUGUAGUGCCAUCUGGCCCACUGUCCACUGCUCCCAUGCCUACUAGCUGCCUGGCUAAACUGCUCUCCUCCAGUGCAAAUGACCGAAAGCCAACAAUUGGACUUAAUAACACCACAGUAGCGACAGCCAAAGGUCAGAGAUCAACAUCUACUAGCUCUUUGCCAACAAACAGCAGUCAUGUUGGUGGAGUUUCCUCACAGCUGCAGCAUGGAACCACUUGGCCUGCAGUGUUGACACCUCUGCUCAACCAAAGUACCACCCUAAGCCACAGCGGAGCCCACAUUAGCACCUCCAGGGGCUCAGCGGCCUCUGCCCUGCUUACCCAUGGCUCCACAAACAACGGCUCAAACCUCCUCAUUCCAAAGACUGAGAAGCUAUCACCUGUGCAGCUCUAUGGCACAGAUAGGAGCAGCUUGACCGUUAAUUUUACAAAACAUCCAGGAAAAACAUCUCCACCAAACCCUUUGGACAAAGUCUCCAACCCAGAGUCCCCACAGUCAGGCUUUUCAGGACAUGGGAAGCUAGAAUCAAGUAAGCAAACGGAUUCCAGGAGGAUAACUCACAUCUCAGCCGAGCAGAAGAGGCGUUUUAACAUCAAACUGGGAUUUGACACUUUACAUAACCUUGUGACAACACUCAGCUCUCAGCCAAGUAUAAAGAUUAGCAAAGCCACCACAUUGCAGAAGACGGCUGAGUACAUCAGUAAGAUGCAGCAAGAGAGAGCCCAGCUACACGAGGAGGCUCAGAGGCUCAGAGAGGAGAUCCAGCACCUGAACUCUGCCAUAAAUGCUUGCCAGCAGCAGCUACCAGCCACUGGAGUUCCCAUUACACGGCAGCGCUUUGACUACAUGAGACAGAAGUUCAGAGAGUACGUCCGGGCUCAGACACUGCAAAACUGGAAGUUCUGGAUCUUCAGUAUCAUUAUUGAGCCUCUGUUUGAGUCCUAUAAUGCCAUGGUGUCCACUGCCAGUGUGGAAGACCUGUGUCGCUCCACUAUGUCCUGGCUAGACCAGCACUGUGCCCUGCCUGCAUUAAGACCCAUGGUUCUGAGUUCACUCCGUCUCUUAAGUACCACCACAGCAAUCCUGACUGACCCAAGCCUACUGCCAGAGCAGGCCACACUCGCCGUCACUCAAAGUGACCCUGCUGCUGCCAUGGACAACUCCUUACAGCCUACUGCUCGGCAGUAGAAUUCAUCCUUUGAUGAGCCUUUGAGGAAAAGACUCAAUGGAAACCCAUCGCAAGGAGCAGAACCACUACCAGUUUGAGAGCCAACACUCAGCUCCAGGACAGCUAGUAAUACAUAGUCACCACCUAUUUUCAUCAUCCAUGAAUCAUGAGAACUAAACCUCAUAGUUAAAUCAAUAUUUAACAUGCAGUAUCUGUGAUGUACAACCUUUUUGAGCUUUAAAUGAAGAUUUCAGUUGCUGUAACAGUGAUCAUUUAGUUAAUUUUAUGUUUGUUGAAUAGCCUAAAAAUGAUAACACUGGUUACCAAAUGCAGGUAUUUUCAAUUCCUUUGA